AUGGCUAGCGCACCAGUGCGGGUGGCGGGCAAGCCUGCAGCCUCCAUUGUCAACCCUGUGAAGAGAAAGGCAAAUGUCAUGGAGAUGCUGUCCUACGUGAACAGCCUUGGCAUUGACCACAUCCGGGAGGCUGACAUGGUAUGGAUCGCCGAGGAGGCUUACAAUGCCUCGCUGCCUCCUGGGUGGACAGAGCACGUGGAUGACACAGGCCGCAGCUACUUCUACAACACCAACCGCCGAGAGUCGCUUUGGAAGCAUCCGCUCGACCAGGAGUUUGUGGAGAUUGCCAACUACUGGAGACGCGCUUUGAAAGCUGGGGGCUUCUGGGACAUCGACGAGGAGCUUGCUGAGAUGGAGGAGAAGAUCAGAGCCAAUCUGGCCGACUGGAUGGAGCUCUACGACGAGACAGGACACAAGUUCUACUUCAACAGGAAGACGGAGGAGAGCCUUUUCGAUGACCCUCGGCACACCACCUACCACAGUCUCUAUACCCGGAUCAGGUUCGUGAACAUGAUGAAGGAAAAGCUGCCGUUGCUUGCCCUGGCGCCCCGUGCUACAGAUCCCAUCAUUAAUCCUUCCGAGCUCGAGCGGCAGCAGAAGGAGGCAGAGGCAAAAGCUAGAAGAGCCGUGACCCGAGUGCAGGCUGCAGUGCGGGUAAUGCUGGCGAGGCACAAAGCACGGCAGCUUUCAGCAAAGCGAUGCUUGAAUCGCGUGCCUCCGAGCCUCAAAGGGAAGCUGCGCCUGACCGUGCGCACAGCGGAGCACGGAACCCAUGUCAAGGAGUGCGUCUUAGCGGUGACCACGCCCCACAAGCGCAACCGCGCAGCCGCCAAGAUCCAGGCUCACAUCCGGGGCUUCUUGGCCCGGCGCCGGUAUCGGCCCAUGCGCGAUCACCGGCGCUUCCUGGUUCAGAACAUCACCAGGAUCCAGCGUGCCGUCCGGAGGUUUCUGGUGGCUGUGCACGGCUCUAGGGAGCAACGCAUGAAGCGGAUUCAUGCCUGCAUCCGAAUUCAGUGCUUCGGCCGGCGGAUCGCUGCCCAAAGGGCUUACGCGGAGAAGCUGGGCGCCAAAGCCAACUUCGUGAAGUUGAAAAGAGUCACAGUCCAGAUCCAGUGCCAGGUGCGUAGGUGGCUGGCCUGGCGCAGGGUCCGCGACAUCCGAAAGGUGAAAUACACGCCCCCGGUGCGCAUCUUGCAGAAAUUUGCCAAGGGCUACCUGGGCCAGCUGCAUCUCAUGCAGCAGCUGCGGCAAGCUGAGCCGGUACAGAUUGUCUUUCACCUGAACUCCUCGAACAAGGGCAAGAAGAUCGUGCCCUUCACCUGGAAGCUGGCAAUGCUUCCGGUGGGCGAGGAGGGGGAGAUCGUGACUGCCGAGGCCUGGCAGGCCCGGCUAGAGCUGGAAAAGCCGAAGCCGAAGCGCAGCCGCCGGAACCAGACCCCGGAGGCUCCCCUGCCGCCGCCGCCCAAGUCCACCGAUCUUUUCUCCAAGGUGGGCCUGAAGUCUUUGUCUCUGGCCGCCGCCAUGGUGAUCCAAGAGACGCUCCGCGCCUGCAUGCGCGGGAAGAAGAGCAGGCGGGCGCUGGCCUGCGCCAAGGAGAUGGCCCAAGACAUCGCUAAGUCGGCUGCGGUGGAAUUGGCCAGAAGAAAAGCUGCUGCGCCAAAGAUCCAGAGAGCCUGGCGCAGCCACCGGACCUGGAUCCGCAGGAUGGAGCGCGUGCGGCAGGAGUUCCGCGUCAGGAAGCGCUUGGUCAACGCGGCAGCCACCAAGAUCCAAGCACUGGUCCGCGGGGUGUUGGCGCGGAAGCACGUGCGGCGAUUGAGGGAGGAAACAGAGUGGCCUUUGAAGGGCUGGUUUGAGUACACGGGCACGGGCCGCAACUCCGUGCAGUGCAACGUGAGGUUCAUCCCAAAUACGAGCUUCGACAACUUCCGGUUCUUCCAGAAGUAUGGCCAGCCGCAGACCCUCCUGAUGCGGUUGCAGGAGAUGCAGCAGGAGAUCGACAACACUUUGCGGGCCUAUUUGGGCCCGGAAGAGUACGCGGCCAUGGAGGCGCGGAACGCCACGCUGGCGGCGGCGGAGCGCGCGGCGGAGGAGGCGGAGCGGGAGGAGCAGGAGGCGUCCGCGAUGGCGGCCGCAGAGGUCGAAUCCACCGCCAUCAACGAUGUAGCACGUGCCGAGGAGGCAGCGGUCCGGCAAGAGGAGGAGCGGGUCGCAGAGGCCUUGGCGGAGGCCGCGCGGGCGGCGGAGGAGGCGCGACAGGAGGAGGAAGCCAGCAUCGGGAAGGUGAGCGAGGCCCUGGCCAACUUUACUCAGGCUGCUGCGGAGAUAGAGGUGUCGCCCAUUCAGGAGGCGGAGGCGGAGGAGCGUGCAGCGGAGGAGGAGGAGGCGUCUGCCACCGCAGAGGUGGAAGCGGCGCAGCCGGUGCAGCCAGCACCAGCACCGCACUUGCAGGAGCAGCAGCCUGCAGCGGCGAGGGAGGCAGCUGCCCACGAACCCUCGUUUGGCAAAGCAGCUGAGGCACAGCCGGUGCAUGUUGAGCAGUCGGUGCAACUGGUGCAGCCGGUGCAGCCAGUGCAGCCAGCGCCGGCAUCACACUUGCAAGACCAGCAGCCAGCGGCGAGGGAGGCAGCUGCCCACGAACCCUCGUUUGGCAACGCAGCUGAGGCACAGCCGGUGCAUGUUGAGCAGCUGGUGCAACUGGUGCAGCCGGCGCAGCCGGUGCAGCCAGCGCCGGCAUCACACUUGCAAGACCAGCAGCCAGCGGCGAGGGAGGCACAGCCGGUGCAUGUUGAGCAGUCGGUGCAACUGGUGCAGCCGGUGCAGCCGGUGCAGCCAGCGCCGGCAUCACACUUGCAAGACCAGCAGCCAGCGGCGAGGGAGGCAGCUGCCCACGAACCCUCGUUUGGCAACGCAGCUGAGGCACAGCCAGAGCAUGUUGAGCAGCUGGUGCAACCGGUGCAGCCGGCGCAGCCGGUGCAGCCAGCGCCGGCAUCACACUCGCAAGACCAGCAGCCAGCGGCGAGGGAGGCAACGGUCGGGCAGGCCGCAGAUUCGGCGGAGGCGGCACAGAAGUCUGAGGUACAAGCUCUAGCAGACGAGGUGGCAGCGGUUGCUUUGCAGGGGUUUGCGCAGCCGGCAGAUGGGAAGGAAGCUGCUUCUGCAGCAACCACGCUUCAGCCCGUGCAAGAGGUGCCCGAGCGCAGUCUUCAGCGCAAGGAGUCCCUGGAUGAGCUGCUGGCUCCAGAGACCUUGGACCUACCACCGGGCUGGGAGGCAGUAUGGUCAAACGACCACGAGGCAUACUACUUCUGGCACGAGCCCACGGACACUGUGCAGUGGGAGCCCCCAGAUUCUCCGAAAGCAGAGGCCUUCCGCAGCAUGGACUCGGACGUCACCGAGGUGCUGUAUCGAGCUGGCGAUCGUCGCGAUUCAAGCGACUCCGCCCUGGCUGUGCUCAACGCCGCAGCGGCGGAUCUGGAGCAGUUCGUAAGGCAGGGCUCCGGCACCCAACGCAGCAGCCUCUUCAGCAAGGGCAGCCGAAAGUUUUCGACGGAGGAGCAGCGCGCGCCGGACCUGAGCUCCCAGACCGAGGCCUUCCAGACGCGGCAGCGGCAAUCGGUUCAGGCGGCCGCCAUGGCCAGCACAGGCUUGCCCAGAUUCCUGCGGCCUGGCCUAGUGGAUAUGGCGGCGCUCAACAAGCUGGAGCGCACCAAGAUGGACCUGCGAUUCCGCAGAAACCGGAUUGGAGAUCAGCGCCGCGAAAAGUACCCGAUCCCCUCCCAGGUGGAGUACAACCGGAUGAAUUCGACGACGCAAGGGGUGUUUCACUGUCACGUCCACCACCAUGUGCACCACAAUGGCAUGGAGAAGCAGAUUCAGCCGACCUCCAAGCCGCCGGAUCUGUGGGAAGGGAGUGGCGGAGAAGGUCGAGAAGGUCGAGAAGGUGCCACGCUUGAGCCUCUUAAGGAGUUUCAAUCGAAGCCGAAGCGGCUCUCGAAGCAGGGGAUCAGCAAGUCCGCCGCAGAGAUUCUGCGCACCGCGCCGGCGGAAUAUGGGCCGGUGGGCUUUGCUGGCCCGGGGCUGCGGAAAGCCAGACGUGGCGCUUCCCCACCCAGGUGUAAAUCAGAGGCGAAGCUCGCCAAAGCCUGAGCAUUGGGCAAGGAAGGCGAUGGAGAGGGUUGCACAGGCCAGCGUUUGGAUCA